GUGAACACUUUGCGUGCAGUAUACGCUCGUGGAGGAACCUCGAAGGGCCUUAUCGUAGACGCACGCGUGCUGCGAGAGCACCUUGGAGUUUCGCCCUCAUUUUGUAGUUCUUUGAGGGAUGUCUUUGCCGUUGGGGGCGGCUCCUCGCCAGAGUUCGCCUCGCUGCGCCAAGACAUACGCGAUGUGCUGCUUCGUAUAGUGUCGAAUGACGCUGCUGAGGAAGAUUCACACGGAACCCAGUUAGAUGGCAUUGGAGGUGCGACUUCGUCCACAAGCAAAGUCGUGCUUCUGGAACCGCGGAUGGGUGAAGGGCUGAAGGACAGGUCGGCUCAAUCUAAACAGGAUAAGGAGGUGGAGACAGGAGCUACAGAAUCGGUGGGGGCUUCAUCUGCAGUUGCAUCUUCUUGUGAAUCUUCUGCUGAGAUCGAUUACAUUUUUGGCCAAGUAGAUACGAAGACGCCAAAAAUUGACUGGCGCACUGCAUGUGGCAAUCUAGCUAGUGCAAUUCCAUGCGUUGCACGCGAAAUGGGACUGCUUCUAAAAGACUCUCCUGUUCUUGGAGAAGACCAAGUCCUUCGAGUUUGGCAAGUGAAUAAAGGCUACUCAUUGGAGUUAUGCGAAUUGCCUGGCAACGAGCAAGUUGCGAUAUCGGGAGUCCCAGGGUCGCGAAAGGCUGUAAGCAUAACGUUCUUACUUGGACACAAGAAAAACCUCUUGCCCCUAGGAAUGCGACAAAGGUUAUAA